UGGGGCUCUUUCACCUGCUGCAUGGCAGCCUCUGUCACCACCCUGAACUCCUACACUAAGACUGUCAUCGAGUUCAGACACAAGCGCAAAAUCUUCGAGCAGGGCUUUCGAGAAGAGCAGAACUUCCUAGACCAGGAAGCCAUCAAGUACUUCAGAGAAAGGGCUUCACAACACCCAGCUCUAAGUGUCACUAGCCCGCAGAGGAACAGGAGUGACCAUAAUGCUCAGAAAAUACCCCCAUUCGCUACGUCAAGCUCUUCCAGCGACACAUCAAGCAGCUCUUCACUUUCAUCAGAACCAACCAGCCAGAUCUCCAUGGGUCAGGAUCAAACCCUGCUGGACAUCACCUCCAUCACUAGAUUGGCCCCAGGAGAAUCACCAAACCCUCAACCACUCGAGCAAAGAGAUACAAAUUUAGCAAUAUCGUGUUCCAGCCCACUCGGAGCAAGGACUAUUCCAGCAUCUUGCCCAGCCAGUCUCAGGCUCAGUCUAACACCCAGCUCAGCCACACCACAGCAAUACUCUGACUCCUCUCCAGUCAGCCCAGGGAUCAAUGCAGCUUCCUUCUAUACCUUCAGUCCUCACACAGCACAAAACGAACAAGCUUCAGCUUCAGAUCACACACUGACCCCAACCAGGACAAGCACAAGGCCUCCAGCAACAACGACUCCUGAAGAGAGUUCCCAGGCUCCUGGCUAUUCUAAAACUGACUUAAAGAAUACAGGAAAGGGGUUUGAAUCAGAUCUGGAAGAUCCUGAUCAUGAAAGGAGAUUUGUGACCGCAAAGGAGUUCCAAGCCAUGGAGAAAGAACUAGAGGACGUGAAGGAAGACCUGAAAUGCCUGAAGUGGAAGGUGAGGCACAUCGGUGAGACGGUGCAGCCCCUGGCCGAGGACAGCAAGAGGUACAACGGCUACACCCUGACGGAGCUCAAGGCCAUGGUGCAGUUCGAGGAUGACCCCUACAAGGCCGCCCACAAGAUCCUCACCGCGCUCUUCAGCGAUGUCUACAGGCCACAGCACCCCCCCACCGAACAGCCCUGCAACUCCCGGGCUCUGCCCAGGCCCAAAAUAGACCCAGAGCUGUACAUGGUGUACUGUGACAUUCUGAAAAGCAUAUUCCCUGGAAUUAGCAGCCAGACCUUGAGGGAAGAGACGCAACACGUGCAGAGAAGCGCCCAGAAAGCAGCGCAAUAACAGCAGAGCCCCCAGAGGCUGUGCAGAGUGAGAGGUCUCUGGUGGUUUGAGGACUGAACUGUGGUAGGUGCCAGCGGUUGAGUCUGUCCCUUCCAGGUAUGGAUCGUCUGUAAUGAUGUUGGUGAGCUCUGAGCCCUCAUGCCACUUGCCCAAUGAGACAGAGUGGGGAGGCAUCCUGCACACUUCCCACAUUUUAGAAAACAAUUGCUCCUUUAGUGUCUCUUUCAAUCAAUGGACGUUUCCUUGUUUCCAGCAACUACAAAUGCCAACAAAAGAAUCCCAAGAAGGCAUUGUACGUCCGAGCAAGGGCCUUCUCCCAGCCCCAAACAGACCAACCAACCAGCAUCUGGGUAGUUUCUAUUUUCUAGAGUGUAUCAUUCAUUAAAUG